GCCGAGAGGGGUUGGCCAGCCGCGGUCGUGGCGGCGGGUGACAGGGGCUCGAGGGGUUUUCCCGCGAGGCCUCGGGUUGGUUUAAACGCCGACUUUCGGGACGCAUCAGGAGAAGGGAAAGUCGGCCUUUCCUUUAUCAGGCCAGAGAUGCCUCUCUUUGGGAAUAUAUUCAGUCCGAAGAAGACACCUCCUCGGAAGUCUGCUUCUCUCUCCAACCUGCGUUCUCUGGAUCGUUCAACCCGGGAGGUGGAGCUGGGCCUCGACUAUGGAACCCCCACCAUGAACCUGGCAGGGCAAAGCCUGAAGUUUGAAAAUGGCCAGUGGAUAACAGAGACAGGGAUCAGCGGGGGUGUGGACCGGAGGGAGGCUCAGCGCCUUCGUAGGCGGAACCAGCAAUUGGAGGAAGAGAACAAUCUCUUGCGGCUCAAAGUGGACAUCCUCCUGGACAUGCUUUCUGAGACCACUGCUGAAUCCCACUUGAUGGAGAAAGAAUUGGAUGAACUAAAGAGCAUCAGCCGAAGGAGGAAGUGAAAACCCAGAGACCUGUCAGGAGACUAGGGAGAAUCCCACUGACCGGGGCGAGGGUGUGGCCGAGCAGUUUGUUUUUUAGCCAAACCAGUGGAUUUGGUCCUGGAAGAGACCACUGCACUGCCCUCCUGGGCUGGCAAAAGGAAGGGGGCACAGGAUGGAGGAAGCCAAGAUGCCAGGUGAGGGCAGAUGCUGGGAAGGCACGCCAGACGCACCACCUGGGGACGCCACACUGCAAGCAGAUCUGGGGAGCGGAGGGCAAGGUAAGCCUUGGGAGUUCGCCACACGUGAGCACACAGCUGCAUGUGUCCCAGUCAUCCUGCUGGACGAUGCUUUUGGGAGUAGUGGCUGAAUCUCGUCAUCUCACCCCCUCGUACUCAACCAGUUCCAAGAGCCGGAUAUUCAGGGACCAGGCAUGAGCGCUCACUUGGUUCUCUGGCCUGCAGGCCACUGUCUCUCUGCCUUCAAAGAAUGCUCGUCCCCCAACCCAGUCUCCUCUGGCCUCAGCUUCCCAGCAUCAAGUGCUGGUCCUCAUGGCAACACUAUUUUUAUGCUACCUUCCUGUUCACACUACUUCUCUUUUUAUUAAAUGGUGUUAAAUAUCA